AUGGACCUACCAAACAAUGUUAUGCAGAGGUUUCGACGUCUUGGCCCUGAACGAACAAAGGAUGGAAUUAUUACAGUUGGACAAAGAAUGAGUAAAUGCAUUGAAGAAACCUGGAAUCUGUCCACAUUUGCACUUCUUCCUACAAAUCACGUAUUUACAGAAUAUGUAGUGAAAGCAAUACACGAUGAAGAUCAUGCAGGGAUUGACGUUACUCUAGCAAAGAUCCGUAGCAGAUUUUGGAUACCUAAAGUAAAAAACAUUAUAAGCAGAAUUAAAUUUAGGUAUGUAAUAUGUAGAAGAAAAUUCAAAUCAAUGCAAGGUCAACAGAUGGGUCCAAUGCCAGAAACAAGACUUAAGCAAACCCCUCCCUUCUACAUGUGUGCUGUUGAUUUGUUUGGACCUCUUGUAAUCAAGGAUGCAGUUAAGAAGAGGACCCAUGGGAAAGGUUAUGGUGUCUUGUUUAAUUGCUUAGUUUCAAGAGCAGUAUAUAUUGAUGUAGCAGAAGGAUAUGACAUGGGCAGUUUCCUUAUGGUACUACGACGUUUUGUUUCCAUCAGAGGAUAUCCCAGAAAAAUGAUUUCUGAUGCAGGUACUCAACUAAUUGCUGCCGGGAAAGAAUUACAAAAAGUUGUACAUACUUUGGAUUGGGAAGAUAUCAAGAAUUUUGGGAAAGCUAGAGGCAUGGAUUGGCAGACAACACAAUCAGCGGACGCACCCUGGGAAAAUGGUUGCAGCGAGUCGCUUAUUCGUUCAACAAAACUUUCUCUUGAGACUGCCAUUGGAUCAGCAAUUAUGACAUUUUCAGAGUUACAAACUGUUCUCUUUGAAGUUUCCAAUCUACUAAAUGAACGUCCCAUUGGUACAAAAAAUUGCGACCCUACUGAAGAUUCAAAUAAUGUGCGUGGUCAAUGGAAACUGGCACAAGUUUCGGAGGCAAACCCAGGAAGUGAUGGAAAAGUUCGGGAUGUAAAACUUAGAUACAAAAAUCUGAACCAAGAUCCUAAAUAUUGUGGUUGUCCAGAUACGGUGGUUUGCAGAUCAGUUCGACGAUUAGUUGUGAUUCUUCCAAUUGAAGAACAGGUGUAA